UCCCUGAAUCUUUUUCUCAAAUGUUUGGCUUUGCUUUUUCCGAAGAGGAUAUCAGUAAAGCAAUUGAACAGCUUCAAAAUGAAAAGAAAAAAUUUAACAAAACUAAUAGAGAAAUUACUUCCAAUGAAAAUAAAAGAAAAUUAUCAUGUUCAUAUACUAU